UUAAACAAUUUUUAAAUGUCGAUAAUACUUGGAGGCCAAUUCGAUUUUAAAUAGUUAUCUCAUCUUAGUAAACAAAAUUAUGUUUAAGCCAUUGAAAAAAUCUGAAAAGUGUAAAAUAUGGAUGAAAACAAAGGUGCAACUCAUCAUAUAAGACAGAAUUAUUGCAGGAAUCGUUUGGAAUACAGAAGAGGUCGGCGGUUAAGAGCUGUUAAGGUCUACACUGUAGCAAAUGAAUCAAAACACCUUAUAGUAUUUGGAGUGCCAAAGAUUAAUUUGAAACAAGAGAUCAAGUGUAAACUGAAACGCUGUGGAGAUAUUGAAUUUAUACAAUGUGUUACAGAGGAGUUGGCAAAAAAAGUGGAGUUAGAAGCCUUCACUGAUGUGUAUCAUGUGAAAUUUACAAAAGUGCUGGCAGCGCGCCUUGCCAAGCGGUAUUUAGAUGCACAAGAAUUUUAUGGCGGUAUACUUCAUAUAUCGUAUGCUCCGGAGUACGAAACCACAGAUGAACUUCGCGAAAAAUUCUUACAGAGGAAAGUAGAAAUCAAACACAGGCAGCAAGUUAACAAAAAAGUAGCAAUCAUAAUGUCAACUGAUGCUCAGUGUAGUGUACCGCCGGAUAACAAGAGAAAGAAACCUUAGACUGACAAUAGCCUUAUUUUAACGUAAAAACAAAUAUUAUAUAAGUAGAAGUAACAAAUAAUUCGAGUGAUUUGAAAAUAUAAGAUUUGCUUUUAUUUGUUUUUGCCUCAUGAAAAACGUUAGCGAUUUAAAUACAUAAGUAUGCA